GCGACGCCCCGAUGCUACCCGAUGCCACCGGAACAUAUGUACAGUAUGUUCAACUUUAACAGAAAUGGCCGCGAAGCGCGCAACCGAGCGGAAAAGAACCGGCGUGACAAGCUUAAUGGAUCGAUACAGGAACUGUCGGCGAUGGUGCCGCACGUUGCCGAGUCCCCGCGGCGCGUUGACAAAACGGCCGUCCUGCGGUUCUCGGCCCACGGACUGCGAAUAGAUUAUGUGUUUGGCAAAUCCAAGCCGGAACCAACGGUCAAACCGGAGGCCCAGGAUUCGCUGUUUCGAAUGCUAAACGGAUUUCUGCUGACGGUGACGUGCCGGGGUCAGAUCGUACUCGUGUCGGCGUCGGUCGAGCAGUUUCUCGGACACUGUCAGACGGACCUGUACGGACAGAACCUGUUCAGCAUAACUCACCCGGACGAUCACGGGCUGCUCAAGCAGCAGCUGGUCCCAUCCAAUCUGGUUGGCAGCGGUGGCUCCGCAGCGGACACCGAGUCACGGUCGGCGCGAUCUCACGAUAACGACGACGACGAUAUCGACCGGAGGCUGCAGCAGGACAAGCGACGGUUCUCCAUCCGGAUGGCUCGGGCAGGACCUCGCUCCGAGGCAACAGCCUACGAGCUCGUCACCAUCGAUGGGUGCUUCCGGCGGGCCGAUUCGGCCCCGCGAGACACCGGCGGCGGCAAGCACGGUGGAGGCGGUGCGUCCGCUAUGCAGAUGAUACGGCGAGCCCGUGGCCGGGACGACGCUAUGCCGUUGCACAGCAUCAACGGGAAUGAUAUUGUUCUAAUAGGCAUCGCGCGUGUAAUGAAGGUGCCAUCCAUCUGUGAUCGUUUGAUUGAGGCUUGCAAGUAUGAGUACAAAACGCGCCAUCUGAUCGACGGCCGGAUCGUGCAGUGCGACCAGCGGAUCUCGAUCGUCGCCGGCUACCUAACCGACGAGGUGUCCGGUGUGUCCCCGUUCACCUUCAUGCACCGGGACGACGUCCGUUGGGUGAUUGUAGCCCUGCGACAAAUGUACGACUACAACCAGAACGGAGAGUCGUGCUACCGGCUGAUGUCACGCACCGGGGACUUUAUCUAUCUGAAAACGCGCGGCUACCUCGAGGUGGACAGCGAUACCAAAGUGGUGCAGUCGUUCGUCUGCAUCAACACGCUCGUGUCGGACGAGGAAGGUCAGCGGAUGGUGCGCGAGAUGAAGCGCAAGUUUUCCGUCAUCGUCGCCGGAGCCGACGAGCUGCCGGACGAGAGUGGCGAGCCGGCGGUCGAGAACGCGAAGCAGAUCGAGGAGGCGGUCUUCAAUCUGAUCACCGACCUGCAGCCGGACAGCGAGGACAAGCUGCUGAUGACGAUGCCCGCUUCGCCCGCCAACAGCUGCAAAUCGGGAGUGUUCGGUGAUGGCAGCAGCGGUCAGCUGGCGAUAGUGGCGCCCGAGAAAAGCUCCGUCAUGUCGGCGAUUGUGAAGAGCAUCAACGUGGUGUCGAUUGCGGCGAAAACGAUGCGCGAAUCGGGCCGCUCGUCGGCGACCGCCGGCCAUGAGUGGUCCCCGAUGAGUGGCGAUCAGCAGUGCAGCAACGGAAGUAGCAGCAGUAGCAGUAGCAGCGGCGGUACGAGCACCAACAUGGGCAGUCCUUCCACGCCGCACCGGACGGCUAUUUCACCAUCGCCGCCGGUGCUGUCGCCAAGUGGUUCCGCACCCGGCCAACGGGCGACGGUUUUACAGAAAGGUGACCGAUCACAGCAGAUGGGAGGUUCGCCAGGGCCAGAACAGCGAGUGCCACCGUUACCCACCUCGGAGCACUACUUCACGCAGCCGUUCUCACCGUCAACCGGUGGUGCUUCGGUCCCUUUACCCGUGCUUUCUCCCGCCUCAUCGUUGCACAGUCAGCGAAGCAAUGCUCACAGUCCGUACAGUGGCGUUCCUUCGCCACCUACCUUCAGCUCUGUUCGAACGACGAGCGUGCUGAAGCGCACCUACAGCAACAGCAGCAUCAACAGUCUGCAUUCUUCCGAAAACUUUGCCGAACUGGGUGAGGUCGGUGGCGGAGACAACAGCAAGCGAAGCAAGCCGAAUGCGGGUUCGUCGGAGUUGGGCGCUUGCUACAACGAUCUAAUCAAUCCCGCCACAGAUCUGUCCUCCCUGCUACCAAACUCGUUCGAUGCACUCGAUCAAUCGCUGCUAACGAUGGAAUCGACGACGGCCAUUAUACGCGAGCAAGUGGGCAACUACUCGACGCUCCACGAAUCGCAUGACCAGCGCUUGGAAAGGAUCGUGGAAGAGCAACAAGAACAACGGGAGAUGCUACAGUCAAUUCAGCAGGAAUAUCACUUUCAAAUUCAAACCAAUGGCACCGUCGGUGGUGCGCGAGUCACUUCCGAUGGCCGAACAACUCCACAGCGGACCACACCGGGCCCAACGUCGCUGAUGCCCUCCGUCAUAACGUCCAGUGCCGUUCGGCCAACGUACAAUGGUAGCGGUCCGGCUGGUCCGAACCUAGAACCGGGAAGUUAAUAUCUGCCCCGGGAAGCGUGAAGCAGGCACACUCUUUGCCAGACUUCCUCGAUCGACCCGUCCGCAGCUCGAUGAUAUUCGACGGAGUAGCGCGCGAUCGUUGCGCCGUUGAGCAGCCCUUUCCUGGAGAGUCCGCACACCGCAGCGUAACGUUAAGUGUAUAAACGUGUUUCUUAAAACGUCAUGGCAAGAAUCAGUGUCAACGAAGCCCAUCUACUGUGCAGGUUAAUGGUUAGUGUAACAGUUUUCGGGUCACUUUACGGAGCAGGCGGAGCAUAAAUGUUCACCACACCACUCACUGUUGUUCGGGGAGGGGCGGAAAGGGACAGUAUCUCCCUCAGCCACUGGUCAAGGAGUAGGUAGGAGUAGGUCAAGAGUAGGAGUAGUAGUCAAGGGUCACUCCGACACACCAGCGCACCCGGGGGCGAUAGGCCACCGAUGGGCGACGUACAUGUCUAAACGCAAGUUCGGAAGUGAUUAUCGAAAGUAUUCUCUUACGUUUUAGUGCAAUAUUUGUUUCCCUGGCAGUCCCCACGUGGCGGCAGUUCUGUGUGCGGAAUGUCCGGACAUUGACCGAUUGGCAGAAUAAGAAAGAGAGAGCGAGAGAGAGAGAGAGUGAGAGAAUACAGAAACAGGUUUCGAUGUUUCACGUACACGCGGACGUACAGCAAUGCAAAUGAGUUCGAUAAUUACCAUGGGAUUCCGUUUUCGAUGAACCGAAAGAUGA